CGUCGUAUGGUGGAGCUCUUGCUGUGCUGUCCUGCCGCUUGAGCGCUUAAACGCAGGCAGGUACAGACUGGCUAUUUAACCGCGGGUUGGUGGAUUCAUUCCUCUCUGAAACUGGUUACAGAUCACAUGAAAUCUCCAGUAAUGCGAUGCCAAAGCAGCUUGUCAAACUCCAGAAGAGCUCUGUGUGAUCUGACGGAACUUCUUCAACUCACCUCCUCAUCAUCUUCACUUUUCACUUGAUGACCAUUUCUCUGGGAUUUGCGCCUCUUUCCCUCUCUGUUUUGAACAUCUUUUUACACUGGGUGCUGAUAAGUUUUUUCGUUUAAAAGUGGACAUGAAUAACACCGGGUUCAACCAAACGGAAGGCGGACUCUUCAACAAGACAGAGGAGGUUUUCUGCUGCAACUUUUCAUCCGUGGUGACUGAUAACGGCUUUGUGGCCGCCGCUCCGGAUGAGAGGAGCCUCUUCAUCAUGAGGGUGGUCCAGAUAGCCGUCAUGUGCGUUUUGUCCCUCACUGUGGUGUUUGGCAUAUUUUUCUUGGGUUGCAACCUUCUCAUAAAGUCAGAGGGGAUGAUAAACUUUUUGGUAACGGACAGAAGACCGUCAAAAGAAACGGAGGCAGUUAUUGUUGGUGCCUACUGACUGAUGAGGACCUUUACAUUAUGAUUGUUCUGAGGUCUGAUGGAGAGAGUUGGGAGACAAUGCGAUGAUCCACUGCCUGUUUUCAUAUUGGUAUUUAGAAAAAAAACCUCAGAGGAACAGUCACCAUGUAAGAGGUAAAUGAACCCUCAUGGUAAUUUACUCACUGAACAUUUCUUGUGGCUUUUUAAUGCCAACAAAGACUCAUUCAUCUCCAAGAGGUAUAGUGCGUUUUUACGCGUCUAUGUUUAUAAAGUAUUCAAUCACGCACUGUUGUAAUUUGAGUAGUUGGAGCACCAGCAACACCCUUUGUCAUGUUAGCGGCAAGUCGUCGUAUUUGCUGCUUCAAAAUGCCCUCUCAUAUUGCUAAAGCAAUGGAGAAAUCAAUGUUCAACAUGUACUGUAUGUUGUAUGUGUUUUUGCAUACAAUAUGCAACAUAUUAAUCAAUGUAUUUCUCUGGAUUUCCUGGUGAUAACUGUAUGAGUGUCUGCGUGGGCGGUGGAGAAAGCCCCAACAUGCCGUGUAUCUUGU